UUGCAUUCAGAUGAGAUCCGCACCGGCACCUACCGAUCGCUGUUCCAUCCCGAACAACUUAUCACUGGCAAAGAAGACGCAGCUAAUAACUAUGCACGUGGACACUACACAAUCGGAAAGGGAUUCCUCGUGUUCCAUUCGUUCGGUGGUGGCACUGGAUCUGGAUUCACAUCCUUGCUCAUGGAAAGGCUAUCGGUAGACUACGGCAAGAAGGCUAAACUGGAGUUUUCAGUCUAUCCAGCUCCACAGGCAAGUGUUUCAACAGCUGUUGUUGAGCCGUACAAUUCGAUUUUAACCACGCACACCACAUUGGAACAUUCGGAUUGCUCGUUUAUGGUCGAUAACGAGGCCAUCUAUGACAUCUGCAGGCGAAAUUUGGACAUUGAACGACCUAGCUAUACUAAUCUAAACAGGCUUAUUGGUAAGACCGAGGAUUUUCGUGCCAAAUCGUAUCUUCCAUUACUGCUUCGUUGCGCUUUGAUGGUGCGCUCAAUGUGUUUCGAACCACAUAACCAAAUGGUGAAAUGCGAUCCACGACAUGGCAAAUACAUGGCAGUUUGCCUUCUAUUCAGA